CGAUGCAAUAAUACUAAUCAUACUGUUUUCUCCAACCGUUGGCUAUCGCCAUACAAGGCGUGACCCAUUUGAUGAGCGGGCAACCUUCACAUUCUGAGCUUGUGCAUGCUCACGCAGGACCCACACGAGAAAUGGACCAGAUCUCUCACACGUGUCGUACCUCCGCACGUGCGCGAAUCACCUCUUCGUUUCGUCUCUCCUCUUGUUAACCGUCGUAGCUCUUGAUUGAGAGAGAGAGAGAGAGAGAGAGAGAUGCCUCAGCCGAGGAAAGAACCAUGCAAGAAGGAAGCCUGCGACAUUCAAGCUUGCCUCACCAAGAACAACUUCAACCCCCAAAGGAAAAUGGGGGUGGAGGUGGGUUUAUUUGCCAGCGGCUGCAGCGAUGGAUAUGGAUCGGGAUUUGGAGCCAAAAUGGUUGGGUGGUCUGCAAUUUUCCUUUCAACCACUGGGGUAGGAAUGUGAUCUUCACUCCUCAGAUCCAAUGGUUUAGAUGGUCACUAGGUGGAGAUUGCUCUCAAUCAACAGGUGUGGUUGGAUGGUGCCUGAAAGUCGUUGAACUGCUGCAAUCAUGUUGUGAGAAAUGCAAGUAUAAUUCCACGCAUUGUGCCUCUCUCUCUGGGCUCCUGAAAACAAAUAACAAGCAAGGCAAAACCAAGGACAACAAAACUACCAAUGCCAACGAGCAGACUCGCUUAAAUUCAAAAGCACAUGGCAUUAUCAAUGCAUAAGUUGUAAAUAAUACAUUCUUUUUUAACAAAUGUAGCUUAAAAAAGCUGAAUAUCUCAAAAGAAAGAAAGAAAAGAAAAGAAA